AUGUCCUUCCCAAGAGCUGCACGCACCCUGCUCUCGUCCACCCGCCGCUACUCCACCGCCCCCAGCGGCGCCAGCAAGUCGUCCAACCUCCCGCUCUACCUCGGCGGCGCAGGCAUCGCGGGUCUCGCCGGCUACCUCUACCUCCAAUCCGGCUCCAAGGCCGCAGCAGCGACGCCCGCGCAGACACAGACCAAGACCCCGCUCGACCCCGAGCGCUACAUCGACCUCGAGCUCAAGGCCAUCCGCCCGUACAACCACAACACCGCGCACUUCGACUUCGCGCUCCCGGAUAACCAGGCCUCGCUCCUCCCCGUCGCCUCCUGCGUGCUCGUCCAGACCGCCGGCGACGGCCUCGCGAUCCAGGAUAACAAGGGCCAGCCGGUCCACCGCCCGUACACACCCGUGUCCCCGUCUGACGCGCCGGGCGUGUUCACGCUGCUCGUCAAGCGGUAUGAGGAGGGCAAGAUGUCCAAGCAUAUACAUGACCUCAAGCCUGGCGACAAGCUCGCGAUCAAGGGCCCCAUCAUGAAAAUUCCGUACAAAGCCAACGAGUUCGACCAAAUCGGCAUGAUCGCAGGCGGCAGCGGCAUCACGCCGAUGUACCAAGUCCUCCAGCACGCGCUGCGCGACCCGGCGAACAAGACCAAGUUCACGCUCAUCUUCGCGAACGUCGCCGAGCGCGACAUCCUCUACCGCGAGCAGUUCGACGCGCUCCAGAAGGCGCACCCCAACACCUUCAGCGUCGUGUACGCGCUCGACAAGCCGGACGCCGGCUGGACAGGUGCUAAGGGCUAUGUGAACCGUGAGCUGAUCACGAAGCAUAUCGCCCCCGCGAGCCUCGGGGACAAGGUCAAGGUCUUCAUCUGCGGUCCCCCCGGCCAAGUCGCCUCGCUCGCGGGCAAAAAGGACGGGAUGCAGCAAGGCGCGCUGGGCGGCGUCCUCAAGGAGCUCAGAUACACCGAGAACCAGGUGUUCAAGUUCUGA